UCCUGGCUCCUGCAGUCCUCCUCGUGCUCGUGCGUGGUUCCACACAUCUCCAUUUCAGACCAUUUCCACUCCCAGAACGAGGCAGAGGCACCGCUCCCUCCCCGGACAUGUGGGCCCUCAACAUGAAGGCCGGCGGGCCCUGCCUCACGCCGAUUCGCCCCGCCCCCACCGCUCGGGCCGGGGCACCCCUCGCCGCCGGCGGCAAGACGGGUGCUUGGUCCGCGCGGAGGAGGCAUGGCCCGGUGCUGAGGCACCUCGUGGCGAUGCGCGCGUCGGGGAAAAGAGCCAAGAACGGCCCCGGCGACGACGAGGAAGCCAAGAACAAGGCAUCCUCUUCCGGAAGUGAUGACGCAUCUGUUCCAACAGGAGAUAGCUCUGAUGGAUCGAACGGACCACAUGAUGAAUCAAAACCCAGUGAGCCAAUUGAUAUUUCUAACAGCAAUUACUGGAGAGAUGUCAGAGCAAACCUUGUGCGGCGGGAACAGGAGCUACUGGUAGAUUCAAGUGCUCCUGCAGAGUCAAAGGCAUCCUCAGGAGAAUCAGUACCCCAGCUUCCUCAAAGGUGGGCUCACCCUAUUACAAUGCCUGAGGCAGGGUGUGUCUUGGUAGCUACCGAGGUGCUUGAUGAUGACAGCAUCUUCGAAAGAACUGUUAUUCUCCUCCUCAGACUAGGGUCGCGAGGUACCUUUGAUGGCCCAUUCGGAGUCAUCCUGAAUCGUCCACUUUACACAAAGAUAAAAAAUGUGAAUCCAUCAUCAUUCCAAGACCAAACAACUCCUUUCGGUGACUGCUCCCUCUUCUUUGGAGGCCCUGUUGACAUGAGCAUGUUCUUGGUACGGACUAGCGACAGCUCACGUCUCAAGGGGUUCGAGGAAGUGAUACCAGGCAUCUGCUUCGGCUUUCGGACUGAGCUGGAGAAGGCCGGUGUUCUGAUGAAGAGUGGUGCGAUCAGAACCCAGGACCUGAGGUUCUUUGUGGGACAUGCAGCUUGGGAUUACGAGCAACUGCUAAGCGAGAUCAGGGCAGGAUACUGGGCUGUUGCUUCUUGUAGCACAGAACUGAUCGGUGAUGCAGUGUCAACCGAUCCAUCUUGUCUCUGGACUGAUAUAUUGCAGCUUAUGGGAGGGCAUUAUUCAGAGCUCAGCCAGAAACCGAAGCAAGACAGCUCGUAGAUGUUACUCUAUAUACAAUAGCAACAGCAAAUGUUUGUUGCCAGUCUGUACAUAAUUGGAAACAAUGUAGAUCAUCUUACAUGGAACUCGUUUAAACCGCAAAUGGUUUGUUCAUACACAAAUAAGCUCUGUGCAGUUGGUUCGUCCAAUAUUUCAUCCACAUGUAAGAAUCCACAGAUGGAGUACUAGUCUCUAAAUUUACGUGUUGAGCUUUGACCAAACAAAGCGCAACUAUACUUA